AUGAAGUUGAUUUUUGCUUUGGCGACGCUCGCCACAAGCGUUUACUCUUCUGCGAUCCCGGAAGCCAACGAACGUCCACCGGGGUAUGGUAAAUCUAUGAGCUGGGCUGGCGUGAACUCUUACUACCUUCAGGCUUUCAAGACACCCGAUCGUUUGGCCGUCCUAGAUGCCGUGAAAGCUGCUGGAUUGAAGACUGUCCGGAUCUUUAUCAGCGAGACUUUUGAAAAUAACAAGAACACUGGAUCGGUAUACAUGCCUGAUAUCGAACCCAAGACGGUAGGAAAGUGGGACGACACUCAGCUCGAGGCGAUUGAUCAGUUGAUGGUUGAGGCUCACGAGAGAGACAUCAAGCUCGUGAUCGCCAUGCACGAUCGCUAUCAGCUUGGGUGCUGGGGCAACGACACUUACACGAAGAAAUACGACCUUCCCACUUUGGAUUGUGCUUUUGCAAAGGCGAGUGAUAACGAUGUUACUUCGUGGUACGCUGGCGGCCCGGAGCAGAAAGACUUCGACAACAGGAUCCAACACAUUCUGGAGCACCKCAACAAGAAGAUCCGUGGCGGUCCACAGUGGAAGGAUCUUUCUGAUUAUAUCUUCGCCUUCAAUGUACAGAACGAGGGCCAGGGUCACUUACGUGGUAACGUCGCGCCUGUACCCAAUUGGUGGUGCGACAAGGCAAACUUCAUGCGAAAGCUCCUAGGGAGGAGUAAAGUCCUGGUGGCGACUGGCGGCGGCAACGAGUUCUCCAACUCCGAUAUCCCCGAAAAUUGGGCCUGCAAAGCCAUCGACCUGGUCAAUCUUCACUCAUACAGUGAUGUGAACGCUUUCAAGACAUUGGGCGGCAAGGCAGUCCAAAACGGUGUCAAGGCCAACAAGCUCGUAAACUUCGAGGAGUUCGGAGCGACAGGCGCAACAAAAGCGGAURAGCUGAAGAAGCGUAUUGAUGUGUUCAAUGAGAUGAGAGUGCCGUGGUCUCCAUGGCAGAUUGUUAAGCCUGGAAACCCAGGUGACUAUGAGUUUUGGACUGAUGAACCGGCUUAUGCGGUUGUUGCAAAGGGAGCAAAGGACGCGGGAAAGUUGAGGGCACUUCAGGAAUGGACUUAUUUGUAG